UGGAGACCGAGCGGCGGUGUGAUGCUGCUGACGUCAGCCAGGUGAAGAAUGCUCCCGGGCGGUGCGCUGGCGCUGCUCCCGAUGAUGCUGCUCACUGGCGACGCUCUGCUCUCCAGAGGCGAGUUCGGCGACGAGCUGGGCCUGCUGCACGGCCGCAGGAGGACGCAGUGGGAUGGCGCCGCACUGGCGGCAGCGCGGCGUCGUCUGCACAACAGCACACUCAGCGUGGCCACCAUACAGCGGCCACCGCUAACAAUUCUGGAAGUAAACCCAGACGGAAAAAUCGUAGGGUACCGAGGCUUUUGCUUCGAAAUGUUGACCACUUUAAUGAGAAAAUACAAUUUUAAAAUAGACCUUGUUCUGCCGUACGACGGAAACUGGGGUAGUCUUCUGCCAAACAAUACUUGGAACGGAAUGGUUGGGAUGGUCAACAGAACGGAGGUUGACAUGGCGGUGUCGGGCUUCACCAUCUCCCACAUCCGGGAACAGGGCAUCGACUUCACGACAGCCUUCCACGAGGAAACCACGGCCAUCCUCCUGCCGGCGCCGCAGCCAGAGAGCAAGUUGUUCGCGCUGGUCCAGCCCUUCCCGUGGCAGGUCUGGGUUGCAGUUGGUGUCACUGUGACGUGCAUCACGCCCCUGCUGUAUCUUCUAGACCGCGUGAACCCGUACGCCCCGAAACUCUACCCACACGAUCACGGUGCGAAAUCGACUUACUCACAGAUGCAGUGGUUCAUCUUCGCCGGAAUUAUUGGACAAGGCGGUCACAGCAUCCCGGCCAACAUGGCGUCUCGCGUGCUGCUCUCGUUUUGGUGGCUGGCCGCCAUCACUCUUAUGGCCUGCUACACUGGCACCCUGAUCGCCUUCCUGACGGUGCCCAGCGUGGCCGACUCGAUCAAGUCUCUGGAAGAGCUGGCUGGGCAGGACGAGAUCAAGUGGACCUACCGCAUCUACUCGGCCAUGGACAACCUCUUCCAUACGUCCGGCUCGUCCGCCUACACCCGGAUAGCCUCUAAGUACACGGACGCCAAGGUGACCACCGACUACGCCGGCGUCGACAAGGUGCUCACCGGACAGUGGGCCUUCAUCAAGGAGCGGUCGUUUCUGGACUUCGCACUGGACGAGGACUUUCGACGCACGGGACGUUGCCGUUUACAAGUGGCCGAGCGCGACUUCUAUACGGUCGGCUUCGGCUGGGUCCUGCAGACGGGCAGCCCACUGAAGGAGCUGUUCGAUAUGGAGUUUUUGCGGAUGAGCGAGACGGGCCUGCUCAACAAGUGGAAGACCAUGUUCUGGCCUAAGUCGUCCAACUGCAGCACGGGCCUCAUCUUCACUGACGUGGGCAUCCAGCCGCUCGCGCUGGCCGACCUGGUCUCCACGUUCCUGCUGUACGCCGCCGGCAUCCUGUUGGCGCUGGUCGUCCUGCUGGUCGAGAAGUAG